GAAGCUUCACUAUGCAAAAAAUCGAGAAUCUCUUACCACGGACAUGGUCACACUGGGUCAACAUGCCCAUUCUUUCACAUGUUUAUAUUUACAAUUGUGCAAUACAUCCAGAUUUCCCAGCAUUACGUUUAUAAUUUUAACUAAAUCCUCUACUUGAACAACAUGGCAGAGGGCAAGGAUCAGAAGCCGGGAGAUGGCAUCCGCUCCAUGCGUAGCACCGGGGCCUUCAGACUAAUUAAUUUUGAACUGUAUACGAAACCGAACAAAGUCAUCAUGGGUCUGGGCCUGGCGGCCGUCACCGGAGUUUUUGGAUACAUCGCCUAUAUGCGGUACAAGUACGAGAGCUUAGGAUACUACGUAGCCGUCCAGGAAAAUGGGCGCGAGCAGUUUUUAAAGAAAAAGUCCAAUUGGGAAAACUAACUGUUGGAAGACUUCCGACCCCGAACCGAACCGAACAUCGAAAGGAAAUCUUUGUGGAAACAUCUUUAUUUACUCGGUAGCACAAUUUGGUACAUAAAUUUGUUUUGUUGGGAGUUACUGUUUGCUUUGCCAAAAAAUUUUUAAGAAAUCACAAUA